AUGUCCGGAAUUACAAAAGAACUCGCCACAAGAAUUGCCCACUUUGCGCGGUUCCCGCAGACUGGCGUCUCGCUGCGCCAGAUGGUCGAGUUUGGCCAGAACCCGUCGCAAGGCACGCUUCUGCGCGCUGCCCAGUUCCUCCACGACGAGCUGCCCAUCCGGCUUGCCCACCGCGUUGUCGAGCUUGACUCUCUGCCGGACGAUCUGAAUCAGAUGCCGUCGGUGUUGCGCGUCAAGCGCAUGUACAUUGACUCGUUCAACGAGCUAAUCAACUUCCCGAAAGUGUCGGAGCGCAUACGAGAGGCGGUCAAGGCCUCCACAGUACAAUCAGAGGCUGAGUGGAGGCAGCUGCCGAGGAACGCACCCAAUAUGACGCACUUUGACCAGCCAAAGAGUGCGACGCAUUGGAUUCCGUCGAUUCAGCACCGCUACCACUACGAUGUCAAGCCGACAGAGCUGCCGGUCGAAGUGUCCGAGUACAACCGCAGUUUUGUGCGCACCUUGGAGACCAUCAAGCGGCGGCACGACCCGGUUGUCACCGCAUUGGCCCAGGGCGUGGUCGAGUACAAGAAAUUGCGCGGCCGGAAAACCAUCGACAACCCGGUGCAGCACUUUUUGGACCGCUUUUACCUCUCGCGCAUCGGCAUCCGGAUGCUGAUCGGCCAGCAAAUCGAGCUCAACCAGCAGCAGAAGCACAAAGACUUUGUCGGCAUCAUCUGCACAAAGACACGCAUCGCCGAGGUUGUCCAGGAGGCCAUCGAUAAUGCCCGCUUUAUCUGCGGCGAUUAUUACAUGCUCAUGAGCGUGCCCGAGAUCGAGCUGCACUGCCCAAAGGAGCUCGAGUUUAUGUAUGUCCCGUCGCAUCUCCACCACAUGGUCUUUGAGCUGCUCAAAAACUCGCUGCGCGCUGUCGUCGAGCUCUACGGUGACGAGGCUGACAGCUAUCCGCCCAUCAAGGUCGUGAUUGCCGAGGGCAACGAGGACAUCACGAUCAAGGUGUCUGAUGAAGGCGGCGGCAUCCCGCGCAGCGCCAUCGACCAGGUGUGGACGUACAUGUACACGACUGCCCAGACGCCGAUGCUUGACCCCGACUUUGACCAGUCGGAUUUCAAGGCGCCAUUGGCCGGCUUUGGCUACGGCCUGCCACUCAGCCGCCUGUACGCUCGGUACUUUGGCGGCGACCUGAAGCUGAUCUCCAUGGAGGGCUACGGCACCGACGCCUACCUGCAUCUGUCACGGCUCAGCGAUAAUGAAGAGCCCCUGGCAUAAUUGUUCCACUAUGUAUUUGAAAUAUGAAUCCCCAUUUGCUUACUC